AUGGACGCCUUCGUGACAGGUGAAGCUCGUCCUUCGCGCCUCCGCCGCGGGGAAAGCUCGUAUCAGCCUCAGGCAUCAACACCAAGCCGACCAAACAUGACCGCAUCGACUAACCGUCUCUACUACUCAGUCAUUCACCACAAGUUCCUCCGCAUCCCAGGAUUGCCUACAGUCAUGGAGCCUCCACAGAGUCUAGUUUCUCAGAAGUCAUCCGAUUCGGGUCUCCAUAUCCAGCUACACCCACUCGUUCUUCUCACUGUCUCCGACCAAAUUACCCGACACGCUGCCCGACAGCAGCAUGGGCCGAUAAUCGGCGCUCUUUUAGGUCAGCAGAAUGGACGAGAGAUAACACUUGAGCAAACGUUCGAGUGUCCAGUUACUUGUGGACUGAACGAUGAGAUUAUCUUGCCGGCGGCAUGGUUUGAAGAACGUCUUCAGCAGUUCAAGGAUGUGCACAAAGACCCCGCGCUCGACCUUGUUGGAUGGUGGUCAACCGCGCCAUGGACUGGACCCAAUGACGCCCAUCUCCCCCUCCAUCGACAGAUCCUCCAGGACUACAACGAAUCUGCCGUCUUCCUCGCCUUCCACCCUUCACAGCUCCAGGCUUCAAGUUCAAAUAGCGGCAAACUUCCCCUAACCGUGUACGAAAGUGUUCAUGAAGGCGAUACUGCCCCCGAUGCAAGCAAGGACAUGCAGGUUGAUGGCGAGGAGUCGGUGCCGAAUAUCAAAUUCAGGGAGCUGCCCUACUCAAUGGAAACGGGAGAAUCAGAGAUGAUUGGUAUCGAUACUAUUGUCCAGGCCUCUGGCACCGCUUCUUUGAAUGCGACACAGGAGCCAACCAAGCGUGCGAAGCAGAAAGAACAGAAAGAGCCAAAUAAGCAGAGCUCGCAGGUUGAACUCUCACAAGAGGAGGAAGAGUUAAUCGCAAGCCUCAGCACUCGUCUCAAUGCCGUUCGCACCCUCGAAUCCCGCAUCUCCCUCAUCAAAUCCUACCUCUCCAGUCUCUCAGAGGCGGAUUUCAGCUUAGAUCGAUCAAAGGAAAAUACAUCCGCCACUAAGCUGUCACACCCAAUCCUCCGCAACGUCAACUCUCUUCUCUCGCACCUCUCUAUCCUUUCUCCGUCAGAGCAAAGCACCUUCACCACCGAAGUACUCUCGCAAAGCAACGACGUCCUAUUGAUCUCACUACUUGGCCAACUUGGCGACAACGUCAAGGCUAUGCGCGAAUUGGGCCGCAAAUCUGCAGUCAUCCAGACUGCGCGUCACGUAGCCACCGCGCGCAAGGAUUCCUCCAUGCUCCAAAGGGGCUUCAAUGAGGAUUUCUAUGGCCCAGGUGGGCGUGGAGGUCCUGGAAGUGGGAUGUAUUCGUGA